AUGUAUGACCUCCUUACUGUUCUCAUGAACUAUUUCAACACUGUUCUCAUGUAUGACCUCCUCACUGUUCUCAUGAACUAUUUCAUCAUUGCAUUCAUGUAUGACCUCCUCACUGUUCUCAUGAACUAUUUCAUCAUUGCAUUCAUGUAUGACCUCCUCACUGUUCUCAUGAACUAUUUCAUCAUUGCAUUCAUGUAUGACCUCCUCACUGUUCUCAUGAACUAUUUCAUUAUUGCAUUCAUGUAUGACUCCACUGUUCUCAUGAACUAUUUCAUCAUUGCAUUCAUGUAUGACCUCCUCACUGUUCUCAUGAACUAUUUCAUAUUGCAUUCAUGA